GCAGUCAGCCAAAGCACACACUCUCACUCAUUGCUUUCCUGUAUCCUUACUUGUGCUUCUUCCAUUGCAUUCUUCAAGAUCUGCACUGGACAAAUCUCAGCCAUGAGUGAUGAUGAAGACCAAUAUCAGCUCUUCUUGGAUUUAUUUAAUGAGACCUAUGACGCAACUGACUACGUGGUCAAUAAAACUGUCCAGCUAUGUGCAAAGACGCCUGUCAACCAGUUUGGUGCAAAAUUCAUCCCAUUUUUCUACUAUGUCAACUUCCUCCUGAGUUACAUUGGUAACGGGCUUGUCCUUUUCAUCAUCUACAAGUAUGAGAAGCUGAAUACAGUGACAAACAUCUUCCUCCUGAAUUUGGUUCUCUCCAACAUUCUGUUUGCCUCCAGUCUCCCUUUCUGGGCCACAUAUCAUCUGUCUGAGUGGAUUUUUGGCAUGGUUCUAUGUAAGAUGGUCAGUAGCGCAUACUUCAUUGGUUUCUACAGCUCCAUCCUUUUCCUCACACUCAUGACAUUUGACCGAUACCUCGCAGUGGUACAUGCAGUGGCAGCUGCCAAAAGCAGGAAAAAGGCUUAUGCCUUCAUUGCCUCAGUGACAGUUUGGUGUGUGAGUGUUGCAGCAAGUGUAAAAGAGCUAGUUCUUAGAAAUGUGUGGAAGGAUCCAUUAAAUGGACUAAUGUGUGAAGAGUCUGGAUAUCCUGAGAGCACCAUGGACCGCUGGCACCUUGUCAGUUACUACCAACAAUUUCUUCUCUUCUUCCUCCUCCCACUAAUUCUGGUGAUGUACUGCUACAUCAGCAUCACAGUGCGCGUCCUGUCCACCCGCAUGAAGGAAAAGUGCCGCACCAUUAAGCUAAUAUUUGUCAUCAUCUUCACCUUCUUCGCCUGUUGGACACCCUACAAUGUUGUCAUCCUCCUCCGAGCUAUUCAGAUUUCCAGCACCAGUGAGGAAGUAUCGUGUUCUGAGUCAGAGAACUUGGACUAUGCCUUGUAUGUGACCCGAAACAUAGCCUAUUUGUAUUGCUGUGUCAGUCCUGUGUUUUACACAUUUGUAGGGAAGAAGUUCCAGAGUCAUUUUAAAAGGCUAUUGACAAAGAAGAUUCCCUGUCUGAAGAGACACUUUAACCUCAGCAGCCAGAGCACCAAAACCACAUCACAGAGAUCACCACACUCUGCUUAUGAAUACUAAACACACACUUACAUGUUGGUCAUACUCGUGUUAUGGAGGCACUCAUUGAUGUAAGGCCUUCUCUAACCCUUACCCUAACCCUGACUAUCACAACUAAAUGUCUAAUGCAAACCCAUAACCUCACCCUAAGCUAAAUCUGAUUCUAGCCUGAACCCUAUAACCUAGUGUGAAACAUCAAACAGGCUUUUGAAGUGGUAAAGAAGAACCAAAACACACACACACACACACACACACACACACACACACACACACACACACACACACACACACACACACACACACACACACACGCAUAUUAUGUUUUUCUAUCAUUGUGGGGACUUACCAUUGACUCCCAUUCAUAUCUAACCCUUAACCCUAACCCUAACCAAUACCAAAACAAUGCCUAACCCUAAAGAAACUUUUUUGCACUUUUACUUUUUUCAGUAACAACAACAUGGCCAAGAAAACACUGUUUCCCCCCAUGGGGACCUCAUUUUUGGUCCCCACCGAGAUAGCGUGGAGUCAGGUCAAAGUCCCCAACAAGUCCCCACUGGUAUAGAUAAACACACACACACACACACACACACACACACACACACACACACACACACACACACACACUGUAAAAUAUCAACAUCCUGUCAUCUGGGAUUACUAAGGACUACAAGUCAGUAAGUAAGAUUGUCACUCAAAGAAAAAUCACAGAUUUUGAAAGUAGCAUUUAAUUUUGCUUUCCUUUGCAAAAGGAAGGGAGUCCUUAUAAUGCAGAAUCUUUUGUUGAUUGAACUCAUUGCAAGAUAUUUGUUGUGUUCUUUAGCUGGAGAUUGCAGUAAAUUAUUUGUUUUCUCAAUGCUUGUUUCCUGCUGGACUCCUCGAUACUGUCAAAUCAUUUAACGAUUAAAUCUUCUUUUCAGCAUAUGUUUGACACUAUCCAGACUACUCAAUUCAUCUAGCUCUCACAUUUAAAUGCUUUGAUCAUUUGUCAUCACACACAGUAUGCUUCUGCACUGCUAAGACUAAGGUGAUUCUAUGCUUUUCUUGUCAUCAACCUAACAACAUGAGUUAAAAGACCAAAAGCAACGUUUUAUUUUGUAUCUUGUUGCUUUCCAGUCCUCAGUUCCAAGCCUUUGUGUUCCACUGGAGAGAUAUAUCUUCAAAAACUCACCAUAGUGAUUAUGCUUUAUUGUUUAAAAAGCCAAAACUACCCAAUCAUUUGGCUUUUAGGCAGCACUAUUCAGACAACAGCUAGUGGGAGUUUUCAUGCCACAUGAAAGUUAAGCCAGCAGCCCUGUGACAGACAAACAGUUUUUUUGAGAAACUGUAGUUAAAGGUUUCCUUUCUCAAGGAAACCUAGUGAUUUAGUGGUAGUAAUCCAUUAUUGUUGAUUUAUUUUGUAUUAGUUUAUUUGUAGAAAUUUUCAAACGUACACUCUUAGUGCUUGCGCUUACACACUUAUAAAGUUUUGAAAUAAACUCUUACACCAAGCUGCUUCUAAGUGACAUCUGUCCUUAAAGUGAAGCUGUUGUGUGUGUGUGUGUGUGUGUGUGUGUGUGUGUGUGUGUGUGUGUGUGUGUGUGUGUGUGUGUGUGUGUGUGUGUGUGUGUGUGUGUGUGUGUGUGUGUGUGCGUUUGUUUGUUUAAGCAAUGAUUUCUGUAGCUCAUUUCCUUUUUCUGAUGGAACAGCUGUUUCCUGUGUCGCUCUACCACCUGAUCCAUAGCCAUGAAGAAAUAAUAAAAGAAAGAGACACUUUAGAUGGAGUUCUUGACAGAGGACUCUGCAGACUUGCCCUGUCACACGAGGCACAUAACAGGAGGUCGUCCGUGUUCGUGUUUUGCAUGCGAGAUAAUUAUUGGCAGUCCUGGUUAAGAUGUGUUAAAAGCCUUAAAUUGAAUUAAAUUUUUAUUGCAGAAGCAUACUCUCACACUGAAAAUUGUAGAAAAAUGUAUUAUAGGAGAAGCUUAGGUGCUGUUUUGUUGGCAAAAGGGUGUUGUACAAAGUAUGAACAUCAGGGUUGCUAAUAAUUUUGGCACACAUGAUUUGAUGUAAAGGAAUUAUUUCUGAAUGUGGGAUUUUUUCCCCACUGAAUAAAAGCACUUGAAUUAAAAGUUGGAUUUUCCUCUUUUU